AUGGACCCGGUACAUCAAAUCUCGACCUCUCCGAAGGUCUUGUUCAAUAAGGUGCGGAAGAUCGUACCGCCAUUAUUAGAGAAGUUCCAUAAGGGACAACAUGGACGGGUUGCUGUCAUCGGAGGUUCUGCUGACUUUACGGGAGCUCCGUACUUCUCCUCCAUGGCUUCGGCCAAACUAGGAUGCGAUAUGAGUCAUGUUAUUUGCGAGCGAUCUGCAGCUACUGUUGUAAAAACAUACUCUCCAGAUCUAAUGGUCCAUCCGAUACUGCCUAGUAGCGAGUCGGUAGGGAACCCCAACUCCAUCGAUGCGCCGGCUCUUGCCAGUCCCAUCAUCGCUAUGCUUUCUCGCCUCCACGCACUGGUCAUCGGUCCCGGAUUGGGCCGCGACGGCGUGACACUCAAAGUAGUCAGCGAGGUGAUGAAGGAAGCCCGCUCCAAAUCGAUCCCUUUUGUCUUGGAUGCCGACGGCUUGCUUCUGGUGACGGAUGAUCCGGAUCUAGUGAAAGGGUACAAGGAAUGUAUUCUGACACCCAAUGUGAACGAGUUUGGUCGCCUGGCCAAGGCCUUAGGGGUCGAUGUGCCCAGUCUGGCCCAGAUCGGCUCGGAAUCCAGUGCCGAUGACCGCACCAAGCGAGAAACAGAGGCCUGUGAGAAGCUCUCCAGGGCACUUGGCGGUGUGACGAUCAUCCAAAAGGGACCGCAUGACGUGAUCUCGAACGGUGUGACUAGCAUCAUCAACGACAUUACGGGUGGAUUGAAGCGUAGCGGGGGCCAGGGUGACACACUUACUGGAUCAUUGGGUACCCUUCUGGCCUGGCGGGCGGCUUAUCAUAACGGAUUAUGGGACUCCGGUGAGAAGGAGAAUCCUAAGGAGGCGCAGAGUCCGCAGGAUGUCCAGAAGGAACUGGAAUCGGAAGACCGACGCAUGUCGCCCGUCACGACGCUGCUGCUGGCUGCCUGGGCGGGCAGUGCCAUCACCCGAGACUGCUCUCGGCGCGCUUUCAAGGCCAAAGGACGGAGUAUGCAAGCUAGUGAUCUGACAGAGGAAGUUCACGGGAGCUUUUUGGGAUUGAUCGGUGAACCUGAAGGGCCGCAAGUACAUCUGUAG